AUGACUCCGGAAUACAAAGCGCAGAAGGAGGCUUCGGUGUCGUUCUUGGGUGGUGGAGGCAUAUGGGAAAUCAACCAUGUCGCCUUGGUGGCUCCUGCGGCCGCCUUUCUCUGGGCUAUGCUACAGUCGAGGCAGCUCUUCUUCAAACCAUACACGUUUGCAGCCGCAUUCACCGACUUCCUGAUCCAGUGUUGCGCUAUCCUGUUCGCUACCACGGUCUACUCUGGAGCACCACAAAUCCUUAAUGGUCUACUUAUCCUGCCGGCGCUGGCAGCCUACUUGCAGCCCAGCACGGAAGCUGAGAAGGCUGCACAGAAGACGAAGCAGACUUCCAAAAAGCCUGGUGUGGAACCUGUGGAGGGCAAGAAGGACGAAAUCAAGGAUGACCUGGAUGCCCUACCUGUCAAGCCAUUUGUUACCACCUACCGCGGAGCGAUGAUGAUCAUCACUUGUGCUUGCAUUUUAGCCGUAGACUUCCCUGCAGUCUUCCCACGCCGCUUUGCCAAGACGGAAUCUUUUGGAACUUCCCUGAUGGACAUGGGUGUGGGCUCUUUCGUCUUCGCCGCAGGAGUCAUUUCAGCUCGUCCUCAACUCAAGGAGAAUCACGUUGGUAGCCGAUCGCUCAUUGCUCGCUUGAGGACCGCGAUGCGCCACUCCCUUCCGCUUUUCGCACUUGGCAUUGGUCGGCUUCUGAGCGUUAAAAGUCUCGACUAUGCCGAGCAUGUCAGCGAGUAUGGCGUGCAUUGGAACUUCUUCUUCACACUCGCCCUUCUCGGACCCGCCGUCGCCAUACUGGAGCCACUACUGCGACUUAUCAACUCUUGCGGGUUCUUUGCGUUUGCUCUCGCCAUUGGGUACGAAUUGAUUUUGUUCUGUGUGCCAGACAUGAAGCGCUACAUUAUCCUUUCCGAGCGCAUUCCUGGUGAUCUGUUGUCGCAGAACAGAGAAGGCAUCUUUUCUUUCAUCGGGUACCUUGCAAUCUUCAUCGCUGGCAUGGGCAUUGGCUUAAACAUUCUGCCUCGAGACCCAGAACCGGAGGACCCGAGACUUGCUUUCCUGAAGAAAGACCCUUUGGACGAAGAUGCUGAAUGGCUUGCAUCCGUGAUCGGUGGUUCCGCGGAAGACGCACAAAAGAAAGAGGCAGCACCUAUGCCAAUGCCUCAAUUGAAGCCAGAGCUACCCAAGACAACACUUCCUCGUCUGGCCAUGUGGACCGGACUCUGGUUUAUUUUCGCAGGAUGGGCGAUGUGGAAAUAUGGUCCACGACUGUUUGUCUCGCGACGCAUGGCCAAUCUCGCUUACAUCUGCUGGGUCUGUUCCUUCAACACGGCGCAGCUUCUGCUCUUCUGCCUCAUCGAGCGCGUGUUCUUUCCGUACCUCUACGAUGCGAAGACGAAGACGGAGGAACGACACCGAGUACGGGAUGCCACAAGCAGAGUCAUGCAUGCUUUCAACCGCAAUGGUCUGGCCUUGUUUCUGCUGGCGAAUCUGCUCACCGGCGCUGUGAACAUGACAAUGCCCACAUUACAUAUGAGCGACAUCUCUUCCAUGGUGGUACUCGUGGCAUACAUGGCGACCUUGUGCAGUGUUGCGCUAGCACUUGACCAUUACGAUAUAUCGAUAAAGCUAUAG